AUGAGUUACAAAAUAAGGCUUCUGGAGGACUCCGGUGUGAAGUCUGUCCUGUUGCCUUGCAGGACCACUGUUCCCUUCCCAGAGGACGCUACGGUUGAGUGGACAGACAAUUACGGCAAUACGGUCUACCUGCAUCAGAACCGCUGUAACAAGCCGGAGAGGCAGAUCCAGUUCUACAGAGAUAGAGUUACAAUGCAUGAAGACCGGUUAAAGACCGGGGACCUCAGUCUGACUCUGAAACACCCAACACGUGCAGACUCAGACACCUACACCUGCACCGUCUACAGCAGGAAGAGACGAGUUCUGGUGAAGAAACAGGUUCAGCUCCAGGUCAAAGUCCAACAGGUGAAGGUGGAUUCAGGGACAGAUGCUGUCCGUCUACCCUGUGAAACCACAGUCCAGCUGCUGGCUUCUACAGUUCAGUGGAGGGACAGUAAUAACAGGCUGGUCCACAUGUUGCAGGAUGGUUCAGACGUUCUCGAACAUCAGGACAACAUUUACAGAAACAGAACAGAGAUGGACAAAGACCUUUUAAAAACCGGAGACCUCAGUCUGACCCUGAAGCGUCUCACAUAUAAAGAAAGUGACGUCUACACCUGCACCAUCUACAGCAGGGGGGGAGACGUUCUGAUGAAGAAGCAGGUUCAGCUUCGUGUCAGAGACUGUCGGCUGGAGGUGGAGAAAGGGGCGGAGUCUGUCCUGCUGCCAUUCAAAGUGUCUCCAGAACUUCUUAUCAAUGCCAAAGUUGAGUGGUGGCGCUAUGAACCUGCCCCAAAGCUGAAGAUUCAUUGUUAUCGAAGCGGUUUUGAUCAACCCUACGAACAAUCCCAGUUCUACAGAACCCAAACCGAGAUGAAUAACGACCUGCUAAGAACUGGAGACAUCAGUCUGACUCUGAAGAGGCCCCUAGAUGGAGGAGACGAGAGUUACAGAUGUGGAGUCUGGAGGAAUGGGAAACUGCUGGGGUGGACAACAGUCCUGCUCAAAGUCAAAGGAAGAGUCCAGCUUCAAGAGGAACCUGAAGACAUCAGGGGCCGAAGUUGCUCCAUUGAUAUGACUCCACUAAUGUUCGAACGGAUCGGGUUUUCUGAAAUGAUCUGAAUAUAGAUCAGGAUAAGCAAUCAGAACGAUGGGAGAGACAGAGUGGAGCGUUCAGAGCUAAUGAGCGAUCAGUGAUGUCAGAGUGAUGUCACACGGUAACCAGGAACCAGGGAUGAUUGUUUCAAGAGGAGAAACCAGUCCAUGUUUAAUAUCUUACUGUCAGUAUUUAUCAUUUCACGCCACAUGAUAAGCAAUGAUGUCAUUACAUUAGUGCCUCUGAUUGGUCCUUUCUGCCUUCAGUUUGACUCUGAAAUAAAGAGCAAACCAAGGCGACAUUAUUAAAGCUUUAAACAGCAGACGGUUGAUCGGCUUCAGUCGUUUGCUGUCAGUUGGUUUCACGUGGAACCAUCUGCAGCUGAAGAUCUGCUUAAAGCAUCUAUGGAUUUAAACGUUUAUAUAAAACACAGUAAAAUCUCUAUCCUAUACUUCACCUGCUGUGUCUGUCCAAUAAAUAAAUAAAAUACAUCAUGUAGAUAAAAACGAGAAUGAAUGUGGAAAAGUUAAAGGGGUGGGAAUACUUUUGGCAGCCAUAAAAUAUCUGGAAUUAGUUGAAAGAAAUCUGUUCAGGCAUAGAUUUGAUGAUGCAGAAGAUGGUUUGGUUCUCUGUGAGAAAAUGGGUCAAAAUAUUUGGUUUUCUGCUUUGAUUAUGACUGUAUCAUAUUAAGAAUAAGCAUCAAUAAA